ACAGACUAACGUUUCAAAUACAGCUCCAUAUGAAUGCUCUUGACGUAGCAUUGAAGGCUGGCCAGGUAACGGUGUUGCUGAAAACUGGAAAAUUAUAAUCUAGCACAGGAGUGAUUUUUGAAACUAUUCCAGAUAAAAGCGUCGGUAUAAUGCCUGAGCCUGCAGAUAUUAACAGUCCUGAGGUGGCGAAAACACCAGGAGGCAGCAGUGGCUCUGGGAAAGAAGACAGCAUGCUUAAUGGACACAAGGAAGGAGAAGCCAACCCAUUUGCGGAGUACAUGUGGAUGGAGAAUGAAGAGGAGUACAACAGGCAGGUAGAGGAGGAGCUUUUGGAACAGGAGUUUCUGGAGCGCUGUUUCCAAGAAAUGUUAGAAGAGGAGGAUCAAGAUUGGUUCAUUCCUGCACGGGACCUUCCUUCUGGAGUGGGACACAUUCAGCAGCAGUUCAGUGGGCUGUCAGUCAAUGACUCAAAUGCUGAAGACAUUGUACGCAAAAGCAGUUUGAACCCAGAGGCGAAGGAGUUUGUGCCAGGAGUGAAAUACUAGGGAUCUACUGGGCUCCCUCAGAGACUCUAAUGUGACUGCUGAUGGUCAGCAGUCACCCCCACCUCAUGCCUCAAUUAAAUUUGGUGUGUGUGUGGGGUUGGUGGGGUGGGAUCUUUUUUUGUUUUGUUUUUUGGAUGAUCUUCUAUAAACUUCUUAUUUUUAUUUGUCGCUAUGUGUACCCUGGGCAGGAUGAUUGGGUGGGCUGGGAAGUCGGAGUAAUACUCCUGAUGGACGACUUCAGUUUGUGACUAGCUUUCUAAGAAGCAGCUAUGUUAUUUCCACUAUUGUGAUAGUGACUACCAGUUUGUCCCUGGACACUGUUUAAAGUUUCUUCUAAUUCCUUUUUUUCUUUGUUCCUGUCUUCUUUUUUUUUUAAGGGAGGAAAUGUAUUAAUGGAGUUGGAGUGGAAAGGGGUGGGGUGAAGAAUAAUUGACAGAGCAAAAUAGAUCAUUGACAGGUGGACCAGUUCAAAGUGUUUGGAGCUGAUGGCAGCUGAUUUCCUCUAAGGGAUUUCUAAUGUGUUUAUUUUUCUUCUUCACUUGAAGUCCUUUCACUGUGCGACUUGCAUUUACAAAAAUGAAGAAAAAAACAUAAUGAAAUAAAAAAAAAUUGGCUUCCCUC